AAAGGUUCGUGAUGGAUCUUUGAUAAGAAGGGCAUAUAAAGUAUGGCCGCUCUCCCUUCAUUGUCUCUGGGCCGACUUCCUCCAGCACAGAGACGACUCCAAAGUCAAUAGGUUGCUCAGCAUGACUCUCCCCACGAAGGCCUCCCUCGGGGGCUUCUUCGACCCUUCUCAUCUCACAAAUGCAUCUCCCAAGGCCAUCCUCCUCGCCAUCUUCUCCUUUCUCAUUGUCUACUACAUCACCUCCUCCAUCAUUGCCUGGUACCGCCUGCGUCACUUUGACGGCCCAUGGCUCGGCAAAUUCUCGUACCUCUGGAUCUUCAACAUCAUCCACUCGGGCCAAAUGGGUGAAGCGGCCCACGCCGCCCAAGACAAGUACGGCGGCGUCGAGCCCGGCUACCCUUCCACCGUGCGCAUUGGCCCCUCGGACCUCAUCACCACCGAGCUCGACCUGAUUCGGCGCAUGUCCGGUGCGCGCUCGCGCUAUACCCGCUCCGACUGGUACAAACUGAACCGCCUCGAUCCCUAUGAUGACAACAUGUUCAGCACCACUUCCACUACCUACCACGACAAGCUCAAGAGCAAGAUGGCUCCCGGCUACGCGGGCAGGGAUAACACCGGCGUGGAGAAGGACAUUGCCCAUGUGAUUAGCAAACUGGUCGACAAGAUCAGAGCCAAGUAUGCGGCGCCCAAGGGGUCCACGUCACCAGCGGGAAGGGAGAUGCUGGAAUUUGGCCAGAUGGCGCAGUACUUUACGCUUGAUGUCAUUUGCAAGACGGCGUUCCAGGUCGAGUUUGAUCAUAUCACCAAGGAGGAGGACGUGUUUGGGUACAUCUACAUGGUCCACAAUUUGGUUUAUGGUAAUGCCAUGGGUGCGACGAUUCCGAUUAUCGGGAAGAUUCUGAGUAAUCCCCUGUUCUUGAAGAUCUUUGGUCCGACGACAAAAGAUGCCAGGGGAAUGGGCUUGAUUAUGAAGGUCGCUCGAGAAAUCGUCGCAAAACGCUUUGCUCCAGAUGCCAAAGACCAGCAGGACAUGCUCGGCUCCUUCAUCCGCCGCGGCCUCACCCAGCGCCAAUGCGAGACCGAAUCCAUCUUCCAGAUCCUCGCCGGCUCCGACACCACCGCCACCGGCAUCCGCUCCGGCCUGCUCUACCUCUGCUCCAACCCGCGCGCCUACACGCGUCUGCAGCGUGAAAUCGACGAACGCAUCGUGUCCGGUCUCAUCUCUUCUCCAUGCAUCACCAACGCCGAAUCUCUUGCCUUCCCCUAUCUCCAAGCAGUAAUCUACGAGUCCCUACGCAUGCGCCCACCCUUUGAUGGACUCCCCUUCAAGAUCGUCCCACCCGAGGGCGAUUAUACCCGCGAUGGAAGGUUCAUCCCCGGUGGAACCAAGAUCACGGCUACGUUUGGCGCGAUGCAGAGGAACAAGGAGGUGUUUGGUGUCGACAGUGAUAUCUGGAGACCGGAGAGGUGGUUGGAGGAGGAGGGGUGUGAUGCGGAACACAGGAGGGAGAUGAAGAGCGUGGUGGAGAUGGUGUUUGGGUAUGGGAGGUGGCAGUGCGCGGGCAAGAUGGUGGCCAUGUUGGAGUUGAAUAAGAUUUUCUGCCAGCUCAUGCGGAACUUUGACUUCCAGAUCGCCAACCCUACACAACCGUGGAAGAGUCGCAACUAUCACAUCUUUUUCCAUGACGACUUUUAUCUGACUGUUACGGACAGGCACAGCAAGACGGAGGACGAGAAGUCAGGCUAGGCGUCUGUCGAGAAGUUUCAAAUAAGCAAAAUGACAAGUUGACUUGUUCUCAUCAUGCCGACGUCCCGGACGUAGGGAGUUACGAUCUGGGCUUUGGCAUCUUUGCCUGUGCUGCUUCCUGAUUGUGUGGCUGGUGUUGGUCCAUGGUGCGUGUCUCUUCACACACACGUCACGCUGAAGUUCACGAAUUAUCUUCAACUUUUCGCUUGGUCGACGGGUUGCCUCAAAUGGCAGAACACGCCGAGGUUCUUUCUGUCAUUUGCCAUUGUCUGGUUAGGAGCACCUGCACAGCUGGAUCCACAUCAACACCGAUGUCAUCUGUCCCUCACUGUUCAGCCUCCAAAUGGGGACC